CUGACGCGGCCGCGGCUCCAAACCCAAAGGUGAACCCUAGGUCCCUAGCCCCAAAUUUCGUUCCCAAAUCUCGCCGCCUGCUGCCAUCGCAUCCGAUCCCCUUGCCUCUACUUGGAUUGGAUCUGUUCACCUCCUCUGCUUCCUCGCCCUUCACGGACAUGGCUGCCUCCACCGUCUCCUCCUGCGUUCCACCUUCUCUUCCCGAGUCCGCCGCCGCCUCAGGCUUGGUUCUCCUCGACAGGUGGUGCUACAUCGCCGACCUCCCCAACAACACCACCGCCGAGAGCACCACGAGCAGCGGCUUGCCUAUCAAGGUGACCUUCCGCGCCGCCCGCCCGCCACUUCUCUCCCACUUUUGUGUCCACUGCCCUGGCCUGGACUUCCGCAAAAUAGGGCCCAAGAUUGUCGCCACCGACGCAGAUCUCGUCCUCCUCCGCGUUCCCAUCGACCCCAACAGCACCAACAGAGGAUUGGACUGGGACUACUUCGUCUACAGGCCGCGCGCCCAGUGGCUAAAUCUGCUACCGAACCCGCACCCCAGGGUGCUCGACGACUCCGCAACUGCCCUCAUUAGCCGCGAAGACGGCGCUUGGUAUGUCGUUGCUGCUCUCGGUGUUAGGCUCCCCCUGUACGAUGGCCGCGCGCUCAUUAGGUGGGACUUCGACCUCCACCUGUACAGAUCCUCAGAUUCCAAAGGGUGGAUCUCCAAGCGGUUGUCAGUGAAUGAGUUCGAGAGGGACAAGCUUAUCCCUUUACCUCGAGCAGUCGACAGGCUGUACCACGAGACGGAGAAGACCAUCACAAUUGGUGGUGAGCAUGGCACGGUCGCCUGGGUGGACCUCUGGCGUGGCAUCUUCUUUUGCGACGUGCUCAAGGAAUGCCCACUGCUCCAGGAUGUCCCACUGCCAGUGCCGGCAAGGGGUGACUGGGAUUGCCGCCUCAGACAUUGUAACCCCAGCUAUUUGCGGGACGUAACUAUCAGCCGAAACAAAGACUCGAUCAAGUAUGUAGAGUUGGAAUUCUUGUACCGAGAAGAGCUGAAUGCCACCCCUGUUUCCCACACUGACUGGGUGUGCAAUAACUCAAGGAAAUCCCAGGUCAUCCGUGAUGGCUGGAAGUCCACAACAUGGAACAUGGCAAUACCGGUUGGUUUGGGGGAGGGCUGGCACCGUGACUGUGUAAUUGACGUUAAAGACGUCAACUUGGAGGCUAGUGACCCAUGUCUUUCUGAUCUCAUGGCUAUGCUGAGCAGCAAGACCACACGAACAUGGAAGGAACUUCCAGUGGCAUGCCCCAUCCUAAGCAUGGAUGAUGAUGUCGUUUACUUGCUUUCUCAAACCAGACCCAGGUACAUGGACAAGUUGGCAGUGAUAUUUGCUAUUGAUGUGAGGAAGGCAACAUUGCAAGGAUUGGCUGAGCUUGAUGUCCAGAAGAGCACCAUUUUCUUCCCGAACUUCUGCACAAGUGAGAUCUGCAGGGGUACCUGAGCAGUAUUAAGGUAACUUCUGUAUGCUGAUAGAAGCGAAGCACUGAAGUGAGCUGAAAAGUAGCUAUCAAACAAACUAAACAGGGUAAACCAUCUGAGGUGCAUGCGAAGAACUGGCUAGGACAAAGAAGCGUCAACCUGUUUGUUGAAACAUGGUACAAAGAAUCUGGAUGCAGACAUUGGAGAUUGAACUUCUUGAGUUGAUUUAUGAAAAUUAUGUGUAAUGCAACUAUCUGGAUUAUGUUGCUUGCAGUAUGCAGAUACAGGUACUUUAUUAUGUACCAGUGAACUUGUGUGGGCUAAAUGUUUUGGUUGAACCAUGUUUGUAUGUGUUAUGAUUUGGUUUUAAAUUUUUCUGUAUGCACAUUUUCUCUUUUGUUCCUAGCAUCCCACGUAAUGUCUAUCUAAUGGUUUAUUGAUUUAAA